AUGCAAGCACUGAUUGCUCGUGCCUUCCGUCCCUUAGCGUCUCUGUUGUCAGGGCAGGACGGACACGCUGAACUCUCUUGCUUGGCCAUCGGCUCACGAGGAGGGCACUCCAGGUCCCCACAUCAAGAUGCCUGGACGGGGCGUGAACUGCACAUGCUGAGUCUUGAUUCUGCUGCGGAGAAACGUAUAGACAAGGGUACCUUCACACCCACUAAAAGAGAGACAAGAAAGGGGUCGCAAAGACUCCGAGAGAAAACAAAAAGCAAGACGCAAAGGAAAGAGCCAGCAUGCCAGCUCCGCAGCCAGGAUUUUACUGGUGCCAAGUGCCGACUGCGGCCUUGGCGUGGCGUCCGGCCCAGACCAGGCAUCCCUCCUUCCUGCACAGAAGGGAGUCGAGGUCUUGGAAGGAUUCCUCCCGGUGGCAAGAACAGGCCACCCCAUGGAAGAGCCAGCAGUCUUCAUGGGGCAAAUGUUGGGGGCAUUCCAAGAACUACGGCUCCAGCAGCUCGUGGCAGGGCUCUGGUGGGAAUCGGCGUGAGAAGUGACAAGAAGGCUGGAACAAGUGGCCCAACUGAGCAAAAGCCGGCCAAGGAGCAGUACGAACAAGGGGCUGCCCCCAAGGAGGAGGAGCCGGAGAUUCUUCUCGAGCCAGCUAUGGCUGGGAUUUUUGGCGCCCGGCAGCAGGGGCCACCUGAGAGGCCCGACUCUGCGUUCAACGUUGCGGAGGCGACGGAGGAGGAACGCUCGCGCCCCCAAGUGCGCCGAGAACUGCUGCGUGAAGGCAGCUUGCGGAGCUGGUGGAACGGAAGGACGUCCGAGGCCUGA